AUGUACCACCUGCUGACUGUCCUCCUCUGCGCUGCCCUGGAGGCUCUGAGCUGCCAGCCGGCCCUGGCAGUUCUCCAGGCCCCUCGUCCGGCCAACCACAGCCGGGCGCUGCCCAGCCUGCUGGCUCACCUCAAGCGGCUGGCGGGGGUCAACGGCACGGGGGCGGGGGCCUGGGGGGGCCGGGCGGCCGAGACGUGCCAGGGCUACUACGACGUCAUGGGCCAGUACGACGCGGCCUUCAACUGCACCACGGGCGGCUACCGCUUCUGCUGCGGCACGUGCCACUACCGCUUCUGCUGCGAGCACCGGGCCAUGCGGCUGGAGCAGGGCCGCUGCACCAACGUGGAGACCCCCUUCUGGGCCCACACGCAGGCCAGCAGCACGGCCGGGCGGGGCCGGGGGCCAGGGGGCUCCGAGGCCGCCCGCCAGCAGAGCAACAGCACCGUCUACGUGGUCUGCGGCGUCAUCAGCUUCACCCUGGCCGUGGGCCUGGGCAUCAAGGUGGCCUUCGGCAAGGCUUCCCGCCGGCCCCAGGGGCGGGAGAUCAACAUGCCCAGGGCUCUUGUCGACAUUCUCAGGCACCAGGCUGGGACCAGCUCGCGCUCCGAGCGCAGCAAUAGCACCACCCUCAACUCAGCUUCCCAGGACAACGGCCCGGCCCGGCCCCCGAAGAACCUUUACAACACGCUCAAGCCCUGCCAGAGCAACCACGACAACAUGCACCACAACUACGUGCACCUCAACGUGAGCAGCCCGAAGCACCACGCCGCCACGCUGGACUGGCGAGUGCAUCACACCCCCACGUCGGGCCUGAAGUACAACUCACUCACCUGCUCCCGCUCCUUCCACAACCUCUCGCACCUGCCCCCGUCCUACGAGUCGGCCAUCAAGUCGGAGCUCAGCCGCUACUCCUCGCUCAAGAGGCUGGCGGAGAAGGACAUGGACGAGCUGUACCUGAAGCGGCGGCACCUGGCCGAGCUGACGCGGGGCACGCUGCCCCUGCACGCCAUGAAGAUGAACUACGAGCGCUACGGGGAGGCGGCCCAGCACCCGCGACGAGUGAUGUCCCAGGAACACAUCCUCUCGGACGGCUACCGCCCCAACCCCUACGACUGCGCCGGGCCCCGGGAGCGGGUUGUCUCCCACGAGCGGCUGCUCUCCCGCGAGGCCCUGCACUCCCAGGAGCCUCUGCUCUCGCCCGAGCGCCUGCACCAGGGCACGGGGCCCUUCCAGGAGCUGCGGCUGGGCCACCAGAAGGCCCUGUCCCAGACCAACAUCUGCGCCACCGGCACCCCACUGCUCGAACGCCACCAGGGGCACAAGAUGAACUCCCACCCCCCCUCCGCCAACUCCGCCCAGACCGCCUGGGAGGUGGGCAGCAACCACACGGCCAACCGGCGCCAGGGCUUCGGUGCCCGCCGCCAGAGCACCAUCGAGCAGCUGCAAUUCAUUCCUGGGCACCACCCCAGCCAGCACCUCCGCACCGGGAGCAAGAACGAGGUCACCGUGUGAGGGCCCAGCUCAGGUGUACUCAACUUUCCAAGGCCAUAGCUCUCUUCCUCCUCCUCCUCUGCGUCUUCCCCCGUCCUUCACGUCUUCUUUCUUGGACUGGGCGGCCUGCCGGGCUUCAAGGCCUUUGCCGGGCUUUGGUGGCAUCCGCCUUUGAUGACCUCAGCGGCACGGGCCCUGUCAACUUUUGAUGAUGUCAGGGUCAUGUUGAACCAUCCACGCUGGAUGACGUCAGGCCCUGAGGCCCUGUCGACGUUGGGUUAUGUCGAGAUUGCCUUGUCUCCAUCCAUGUUAGAUGAUGUCCACAAUUGGUGAUAUCACUGCUGCGGGCCCUCUUGACUUGUGAUGAUGUCAAGAUUGCCUUGGGCCCGUCCAUGUUGGGUGAUCUCAGCGCCACGGGCCCUGUCAACUUUUGAUGAUGUCAGGGUCGCGUUGAACCCAUCCACGUUGGAUGACAUCAGCACCUUGGAGCCUGUCAACAUUGGGUGAUGUCAAGAUUGCCUUGUCUCUGUCCAUGUUAGAUGAUGUCAGUGCUCUAUCGACUUUUGAUGAUGUCAGGAUUGUGUUGAGCCUCUCCAAGACUGAUGACAUCAGUGCUGGGGGCCCUCUCAACUUUUGAUGAUGUCAAGAUUGCCUGGGGCCCAUCCACUUUGGGUGACAUCAGCACUAUGGGCCCUGUCAACAUUUGAUAUCAAAGUCAUGUUGGAUGACAUCAGCACCAUGGGCCUUGCUGACGUUUGAUGAUGGCAAGACUGUGUUCAACCCAUCCACGUUGGGUGACAUCAGCGCCCCCGGACUCUGUUGACAUUGGAUGAUGUCAUGAUUGCUUUAGACCCAUCCACAUUCA